CAUGUGGGUGCGUAUAUUCCUUUAACCAAUGGCGACGCAGGAACAGGGUCACCUUCCACGCCCCCUGUUCACGCAGACUCAGUCAAAGCCUGCUUGUAGCCAUUCUUCCUCCCUGAGAUCAAAAAACUCUCACCUUAGAAAGCUCUCUGGAGCUCACCGCCCCACAGUAAAGCUGUAUAAACACCGGGUUGAGGGUGCGGACGGAAGCGGAGCGUCGUACGGGGAGUUGCGGAGUGACCUCGCCAUGAGUUACAAACCCAUCGCUCCCGCGCCGUCCGGAUCCAACCACACGCCUCCAGGUUCCAGCGUGCCCUCUCCGUCGUUGCCAUCCUCGUCUAACUUUAGGCCAGCAUUCAGCGACUUCGGCCCCCCAUCUAUGGGCUUUGUCCAGCCAGUCAAGGUUUCCCAGGGCUCCACCUACAGCGAGCUGCUCUCUGUCAUCGAGGAGAUGAGCCGGGAGAUUCGCCCCACCUACGCAGGAAGCAAGAGUGCCAUGGAGAGACUAAAGAGGGGCAUCAUCCAUGCCCGGGCCCUCGUCAGGGAGUGUCUGGCAGAGACCGAGCGGAGCGCACGCACAUAACGCUGUUCACAUUCCCCUACCCUCCCUGAUCGAUGCCUUCGCUAAGGUCUCGUCUCAUCUCCACCUUUUAGUCUCCCAUUCUGAGCUCCUAUCAUUUGCAUUUUAUAAUCUGCAUUCCUCCGCACCAUGUCUGUCUUCACCGGGUUCGUUCAAUGUUUGAAGGUUCAACAGAUUGGAGAUGGAUGUUGUGGCCAGACUGUAGGGAUGGGUUGGGGUGGGGGGGCUUUUUAACUUGUUUUGGAACAGGGUUUGGACCUGGUGUUCGGAACUUGUUUUGGAACAGGGUUCGGACCUUUGGACCUAGAAAGGUUGGGGUUUAAUUAAAAAUGAGGCCCAACGCUUGGCUUGAAUCUCUGUGAACAACAAUCUCCAACCAAGGGCUGAAUUUUCUAUCCUGUUUUUUCUGUGCAGAAAUAAUGUGCACCUCCUUGAAAAACCCUAAUGACCUUUGACCCGUUUUUGUUCUGUUGAAUGCAUUUUGUAAGAGCAACAUUGUUGGGAGUUCUCACACCCCAAACUCCCUCUUUCCAUCUUUCCGUUUGUCAGUUUGUUAUGGCAAUUUUGUAAAUGAGAUUUUUGCAGAUCCGUAUGUAUAUCUAAAUUAAAUAAAAACAAAAUCUGAUUUGAA